AUGUCUCCCAAGUCCAAAAUAAUCCUCCUCGCGCUCGCCGCAGGCCUCGCCACGGCCUUGCCGACGGCUUCACCCACGACCGUUACUGACAUCGCGAGCGCGACCGACGUUCCAGUGACAUCCUCACCCACUACCGUUACUGACAUCGCGACGACCAACGUUUCAGUGACCCCACCCACUACCGUUACUCGCAUCGCGAGCGAUUGUCCAGAAAUACAUGUCGCAGCUACCGCUGUCCCGACCAACGCGAUCCUGUUCGAGGAUUCUGAAGUCGUCGUAUCGGAUGACGAACAGCUCCUGGACCUGGAUAUUCCCGGGUCCGUCGACGACUCCGUCGGCGGAUCCGUCGGCAUCAAGAAGGGAGGCGGCGGCGGUGGUGGUAGAGGCAGUACAGGUGGAGGCGGCGCGACGGGUGGAGGGUCAUCCGGCGGUGGGUCAUCCGGUAGCGGUUCGUCAGGUGCCGGUUCAUCAGGUGGUUCAUCCCGCAGUGGCUCAAGCGGCGGCCGUGGGUCUUCUGGCUCAGGUUCGGGUUCUCGCCCAGGUUCAGGUUCGGCGGGUGGUGGCUACGGGGGUGGAAGAAACGGCGGUGGCUACGGCGGACGGCCUGGCUACGGCGGCGGUGGCGGUGGCUACGGCGGUGGUGGCUAUGGCGGCGGUGGAAGAGGCGGUGGUGGUGUCUACGGUGGAGGCGGCGGCCACGGCGGCGGGGGAAGAAGCCCGAGCCGGAACGCUGCCGGUAAGACCAUAGACGCUGGAUGGCUGCUCUACUCCAUCCCGCUCGUUGCCUACUGGGUCCUGUAG